AUGCGGCUUUAUAGCAUUGAUUCUGAGUUUAAUCCCUGGAGAAAGCUUACUCAGUUAGAAGAGUUGAAUUCGCAGCUGGGAAAUGAAGAACAACAGCCUGAGGUUCCAAUUCUUUAUCAUGAUGUUACAUCCCUUUUGCUCAUCCAGAUUUUAAUGAUGCCACAACCCUUACGCAAAGACCACUUCACCUGCAUUGUGAAGGUGCUUUUUGCCCUACUGUACACACAAGCUCUUGUGGCACUUUCAGUCAAAUGCAAUGAGGAAGAUAGGUCAGCCUGGAAACAUACAGGAGCUCUCAAAAAGAAUACGUGUGAUGCAGAAAAGUCUUAUAAAGUGCUUUUGAGCUUUGUGAUAAGUGAACUAUCUAAAGGAAAAUUAUACCAUGAAGAAGGAGCUCAGGAAUGUGCAAUGGUUAGCCCUACUGCUUGGUCUUCUGAAUCCAUGGAAAAAUACUUACAGGACUUCUGCUUACCUUUCCUCAGAAUCGCCAGCCUUCUUCAGCAUCACCUUUUUGGGGAAGAUUUAUCUAGCUGCCAGGAAGAAGAAGAAUUUUCAGUUCUUUCCAGCUGCCUGGGACUUCUGCCAACAUUUUACCAAACAGAACAUCCCUUCAUCAGUGCCUCCUGCCUGGAUUGGCCAGUUCCAGCAUUUGAUAUUAUAGCUCAGUGGUGUUCAGAGAUAAAUUCAUUUACUGAAAGACAUGCAGAACAAGGAAAGGCCUUGCUUAUCCAAGAGUCAAGAUGGAAGUUACCACACCUACUACAGUUGCCUGAAAAUUAUAAUACCAUUUUUCAGUAUUACCACAGAAAAACCUGCAGUGUCUGCACCAAGGUUCCUAAAGAUCCUGCUGUUUGCCUUGUUUGUGGCACUUUUGUGUGCCUGAAAGGACUUUGCUGCAAGCAACAAAGUUACUGUGAAUGUGUAUUGCAUUCUCAGAACUGCGGUGCCGGCACGGGAAUUUUCCUUCUGGUCAACGCAUCGGUGAUCAUCAUCAUCCGUGGGCACCGCUUCUGCCUGUGGGGCUCAGUGUACCUGGACGCGCACGGAGAGGAAGACCGGGAUCUUAGGCGAGGCAAGCCUCUCUACAUUUGUAAGGAAAGAUACAAAGUUCUUGAACAGCAGUGGAUCUCUCAUACUUUUGAUCACAUCAAUAAAAGAUGGGGUCCACACUACAAUGGGCUCUGA